AGUCAGAGUGAGCGCUCUUUGUUUUGGUUUGGUGUCAGAAAUGAUGGCGGUGUGAGCGCUCUCACCGCUCUGACCUAUCUUUGAAAUUGCUGCGUGCCUCAUGCUCGUCGAGAGUGCCGACCCGGUGCCGACCAAUGACGUAUUGGAUCAAGAUGAACAGGGCGGAACGACUAAAGUAACUCAGUGGCUGAAUCCCAAACCGCCCCCUACACACUAUCCCUACACACUACCCCUCCGUUUGCGCGUUCCCGCGGAGGGUCCUCCAUAUUAAGGGCCGUCCCAAACCACGUAGUGCGGAGGGGGAGUGGACUGUUCAGCCCUUAAAUAGCGAGUCUGCAUCGAUGCUCACUCUGGACAACUUUUCAGGAAGUGCAACGUCGAAAUGGAGGAGGAAACAACAUAUCGAUAUUCUCCAUGGAGUCCCAGAAUCAACAUCUCAGGUGAAGUGAAGGAGAAGAAGUCUGUCACUAUCAGCUCCUCAGCUUUCACUCCCUGUCCACACCCCCCUCCUCAACUCACCUGGAACCUCCAACAAAACUCUCACAGCCAAAUAGAGGAAAACACAGAUGGAACCUUUACAAGUAAAAUCCAGCAGAGCAUCACUCUGUCAGACUCACAUGAUGGAUUCAGCAUCAGCUGCUCUGCCACAUAUCCUGUGGAUGAAGGAAAACAUGGAAAGACCCAACAAAGACCCACAACAGACUCUCAGUAUGCCCCCAAAGAAACCUCAGCAUCCAUCAGUCCAUCAGGUUUGGUGUCAGCAGGUAGCUGGGUGAACCUGAACUGCUCCAGCAGAGCCAAUCCUCCCAUCAGCAGCUUUUCCUGGUUCUUAAAAACUGAAGAUGGACCCAUGAAAGUAGCUGAAGGACACUUUUAUCAGUUUAAUGUCACUGUUGGAGGAGUUUAUUACUGUGAGGCUACAAAUAUUCUUGGUAAUCAGAUGUCAGCUGAGAUUCCUCUGACUGUUGAAGGUAAAUGUUGAACUGAACUGAAUGUCUCAGUCGUUCUUCUUUCUGAUCAUCUUAAGAUUUGUGUGUUUAUGUGACUGUAAAACACUGACUUCUGUUUAAAUACACUGGAAUGUGACUUUUAAGAGAAUAAGUGCAGAAGGACAAACUUCAA